GACCAUCUUCUUCUGCAUUUUCAUCGGCAGCUUCUUUAUGGGCCAGAUCGAUCCGAGCAUCAAGGCCAUUGGUUCUGCUCAAAUGGCUGCAUACCGCUUUUUCAAGGUUCAUGACAACAAGCCGGCCAUUCAGCGCCGCGACGCAGAUGAGAGGAAGGAGGUGUCUAGCAUCGAGACCUUUGCCUUCGAGCAAGUGCACUUCUCCUACCCCGCCCGACCGACUGUCACAGUCCUCGGUGGGGUGACAUUGACCAUCAAUCGUGGCCAGAAGGUGGCCUUCGUGGGCGAGUCCGGAUCUGGAAAAAGCACGAUCAUGGCUCUUCUGGAACGCUUUUACGACCCAAGCUCAGGGGUUGUCUAUGUGAACGGAUGGGACAUGCGUACGUUCAAGAUCAACGCCCUCCGGAAAUGCAUUGGCUAUGUUGGGCAGGAGCCGGUCCUCUUCUCACAGUCCAUCCGGGCAAACAUCAUGCAAGGGAACCCCGAAGCCACCAAGGAACAGUUUCAACAGGCUUGCGCAGAUGCCCAGCUGACCUUUGUGGAUAGCCUUCCCGACAAGUACAACACGUUUGUGGGCGCAGGUCUCCUGACUCCACUUUGCAUUUGCUGCCUUGGCUGGCGGGUGGGAGCACGGGAGCACCAUGACAAGGUGACAAGCCACUACGAUCUCAUAGCAUCGGA